AGUGCUCGAGCAGUUCAGUUCGGUUCGAAGUAAGUGUUCUCCUGUCCAUAGGAAAAAAGUGGUCAUAAAUUAGUGCAUUUUGUGCAGCCGAUUUCUCCAGGAACUUGCUCGGAAUUUGUGUGUCAAAUCAAGAAUAACAAACCAACAACCAGCAAUGGCGGAGAAACCGAAGCGUCCUCUGUCCGCGUACAUGCUGUGGCUGAAUUCUGCCCGCGAACAGAUCAAGAAGGAAAACCCCGGAAUUAAAGUGACAGAGAUCGCCAAGAAGGGCGGUGAGCUGUGGCGUGGAAUGAAGGACAAGAGCGUAAGUAUUGCCGAAUGGGAGUACAAAGCCGCCAAAAUGAAGGAUGAGUACAACAAACAGAUGCAGGACUUUGAGCGAAACGGUGGCAGCAAGGACGUCGUCACGAAGAAAAAGAAAGGUGCGAAGAAAGUGACGAAAAAGAGCAAAAAGAAGGAUUCGGAGGAUGAGGAUGACGAGUCUGGAGAUGAGAGCGACUGAACUAAUCACUAACCUUAAAAUAAUUACUUUUAAUUUAUUGUGUAAAUGUUCGGGGCCUUACUUCAGCAACAAAUCACAGCAUCUCUCUCACACACAAAUAGUACACCCAACCACUACAACUACAACCAACACCACCACCACCACCCACAACACUACUUUGAUGUACUUUCGACAACUUAGUGCCACGUUUUCUGAACCAUUAGCCCCCUUCAUUCCACCCGCGCGCCGUCCUUUCUAGAAACCAUCUAACAACCAAAACAACGGCUUUUACCAACAUCAACUAACCAAAUACCACCACCAUCGCCACCACGCCACUUUACACAAAUUGAAAUGAAAAAAAAUGACGAAAAUAGAAUUUUACCAAUUGAAAAAACCAACAAAAAACCAGGCCAGAAGCAUGUUUUAUGGGAAGUGAGCGACAGCCUUUUGGAAGAAAACCUUUCUACAAAGUUUAUAAUUUUUCAGCGGUCAGACCAAGACACACGCGGGGCAGAUUCAGAUUUUCUCCAGGGAUAUGGGAGGUUUGGGGGACAGUCAGACGCGAAGAUGGUUAGUUUUAACCAUCCGGUACAUGGUAUAUGGAAACUUUGUUGUGUUUGUUUUGCGAGGAUCGGUAAGCGAAAUUUGACGCACACUUCCUCCCGUUACACGCCUCUCGGGCUGUUCCGGGUGGUCCGGGACAAGAAGAUGGUUAGGGUGACUCUCCUGCAAUUAAUAUCACGCUACUAAAAAUCUCCGAGCAUAUAUAAUUGUCCAGUCUUCUAACCACUCCAAUCUCUUCUCCUUAAACGUCUGCUCCGUUGGACCAUUGCUACUGCGAAACACUACGGCGACGAUGUUCUUUCUUCUCUGCUGUGUUCUCAACAGUAGUAGAAAGAUAUCGUGACCCAUCGCUCCGGAAGUCGUGACGCGAGAAUGCACAUCGAGUGCAACGCGCAACUUUUCGUAAGAGUAAACGCCAGCACAAUGCGCAUUUGAUCUUAGUAGCCUUAGCUAUUUAAUCACGAACUUUUACUCCAAUGGCUUUGUGUGUCGAUCUGCUGACAGAAGGAACGAGUCCCAUUCCUAAACGAGGUGUGUGCGUGUGUAUGUUUGUGUAUUGCGUGUGUGCGUGGUCGGUGUUAUUUUUCAACUGUCCAAACAGAGCAGAACCAUGCGAAAGCCGUUCAACCAUUGUGUUUCGAAAGAAGCAGACAAAGCAACAACAACUCUUACGGAGACAAUCUAUGAAGGAUUGUCCAUCGAAAAAGGAUCGAGCGAACAAUUUGCUCUACACCUUUGUUGUGGUGAUCCGUAUGAUAAGUUGGCGAGGACUUUGUUGUUUUGUUUGUCUCUGGACUUUUUCACUGGUGAAGGUGAACUUCACUUCUUCAUUCUCCGUAAACCGGGAAAGGAUGACUGAAUGUUGUGCAUGUUAUUGCUUUGGUUAUCUAUGGCUUUGACAGUAAACGCGACACCUCACACACAUACACUUACACGUACAAUCCCAAAGAAGCGACUCAUUCCUUCACACACGUGUGAAGUGAGAAUGAGUGAAGCAAACCAACAACCAACCACCCUCGGGAAGGGUCAACAACAAAAUCAGACCACCACCUGAAGACCACAAUACGAAAAAAUAACGCCAACCCUCUAUUCCUCCAAAGUAGCAAUAAAACCAAGCAAAACUAACAAACCGACAGUAAAAAAACAACAAAAAAUGUACGAGCCUCUAGAACUAUUUGCAAGCAUUUUUUUUUCUAAAAAAGAACGAACAAAAACAAUAGAACGCUCUCCACCUACCAGUACAGGCAUCUCUCUCCCGACGUUUUCCUCCUUUUGUUUUGAUUUUGACCUUUUACUUUUUAUUUUUCCCGUUUUUUUCUAUUUUCGAUCAAUAUUAAUAAUCCCUUUUCGCCACUUUUUCUCAAAUACUAAACUUUUGCCAAAUGUUCUCGCUUAUUUUCGUGU